GGCCUCUGAAUUUUCAAAAUGGCGGACAAACGUGAGGUUUUAGAGAGAUGAAGCUGAUUUUUCUCUUUUUACUCUUGGGUUUGAUCGAGUAACUGAUGGAGCUUGGACUUUGUAAGAAUCCCUUCGUGCUUGCAUAUUACUCCAAGCUGACCCACGACUAUGAUUCUGGUAAACUUCAAUCACCUGAAAUCAUCCUUCCAUCCGUCCCUGUAGUGACAAAAGACCUGCCUAACCCCCCGUCCCCCCAGGAGUACCUUCUCCCUUCUGUCAUUCUCUGGGACCCGCUGCAACAGCUUGAUUGCUUCAAGGAAGGAAUCUGCUGUCCAUUUGAUUGUCACAAUGGAGAGGAUGAUACUCCUCUACUCAAGCCAAAGAAAAACAAAAAGGGGUUCUACUGCUGGCAGGCAGGUCAGCGUCUUGCUGUAGCCCCUCGCCAGCUUUGCAGCUCCAGUUGGCCUGUCAUCCUUCUAAGUAGGAUCUACUUCUGCACAGGAAGGAUAAAGCAUCGAUCCUACAUUGCACAUGAUCCUGAGAUCCUCAGCAUGAUUCCACCCUCUGAGGCCACAGGAAUCCCCUUUGUGCUGCUUCACCGGACAGGCUUCACCAAGGAGCUGAGUGAUACUGUCUUGUCACUGCUGGCCUCUGGAGGAAGUCUUGAGAACAUCGAACAUACCAUUACCCAACAGCACAUCAGUAAUUUUGCUCAGUGUAAAGCAAAAUAUGAGGAGGAUAUUCAACUGUUGAGUCUUGGGACUAAUCAAGAACCCGCUGAUUUCCCGGAAUAUAAGCCAACAGGGGUGCCCUCUAUGGAAAUGCUUCUGGGAUGCCUACUUGUCAACCGUAAGGAGAAGGCGCGCUAUUAUACACAGCGUAUGAGUGAGCUAUCUGCUCAGGUAUUACUGCUCGGCCAUUUUUUCAAAGCAAGCCAACAGAUGGGCUACUUCUGUCCUAACACUAACAAAUGGGUGCCAAAGUAUGACUAUAUUUUUGCCAUUUUGAAUGAAAAGGGGCAGGUUCUUUCCUGGCAGGCAACCAAAGGGAAAGACCCACAUGAUGUGCUACCUCUAGUAAGAGCUGUCUACCAGCGACUUAACACCCAGGGAGUGACUAUUGAGUUAAUUCUUUCUCCAGAUUGCUGUUCUUUCAGGGAACCAUUGAUCUCCAUCUUUGGAUCUGAUAUUCAAGUCAAAAUGGACCCAGCAUUUGCUGUAAGAAAGCUUGAGAAACGUUUCAAAAUUCGUAAAUGUGAUCAAGAAGCAAUGAAAAGCUGUCUUGAGAACUUGUCCCUUGUUUUCCAACAAGGACCAGAUGUGGGUUUGUGCAGGAUGCAGGAAACUCCUGUGAGUGAUGUUAUCCAUAGUAACUUGAUGUCCUUUGUGUCUCAUUGGAAGACAAUGAAGGGAGAGUCAGGUGAGCGCCUGCUGCAUGAACCAGCCCUUCAAGAACUCGAAGCACUACAGACCGAUAUCAAGAGAGGCUGCCUCUCAGGGGUGCCCCCCUCAUGCGGCAGUGAACAUGUCGCUGAAUUGCGUGAGCAGCUGAGGCCUGCCUUGCAUCGGCGUUUCCUUAAUACAGAUCUGACUAUUCCUGCUGUCACUAGUUUGUUCUACAUUUGGAAUGAGCAUCACAGUGGAAGCCAAGGACCUCUUAUGCUUAUCGACUCCUACAAAGAUGCAUUGGAUUGCAUUGGUUUUGUCCCAACCACAGAGCAGUUUGGUCUGGUGAGGGAUAAGGGAGGUGAUGAUGAGAAUGAUGAGGAACCAUUCCAGUAUACUCUUGAUAUUCACUCUGUGCAAUGUUUGAUCUUGGCUGCCUUGGGACUAACAGGAGAGGACUCUGAAUGUGCAGACUCAAGUACACUGAGUGAAGCCACCCUUAGGAAAAUUUCCCACAUAGCAAGAAACUAUCAUUUUGUUGGGAAACUCCUGUGCAAUAUCAGUGUACAAGUGCCAGAUACACAAAGACUGCUGCACCUCUCAACCUGCUCACUUCUUCUGUUUAGUAGAAGUGACUGCAAUGUGCAGGACACUAUUGCGCACAAGAGUAGACUCAAAGAAGAAGUGAGUAAACACUUAGGAACAAUAUAUGGAGAGGCUGGAGAUCCAGAGGGGUUCUUUAUUGCACUUGCCAACAAUUUGAACAGCAUUCUUGCAGAUCUCCAGCAAUGUGAGGCCACGGAGUGCCAGCAGUUCAAGGAAUAUUUGCAGAGUGUUGGCUAUGAUCCAGCAAUGCUAGAUGAUGAACAAGUAAAUGUUGUCACUCUUCGUAGGCUGAUUAGUAAGGAAUGGUUGGAAAAUAGAGAGAGGUAUUCUCCUCUGCUUAUGACGCCAUUGCUGGAAUUUGAAAAAGAGGCAGUGAACUUUGCAAAUGAAGGGUACAUUAAAGCGGACAUGAUGAAUCUCCUCCCACUUGCUGCCACUCAAAUUUUCAAGCUUCCCAUAAUCCUUUUCACCUCACUGGAACUCUGUCCAGUGGUGACAGUAGUACCGGCUGACAAGUUAUCAACCCAGAAAUGCAUCUUCAUGGGCUACAGUGCCGCCGAAUAUGGUACUUACUACACCGUGAAGGUCAUUAGCCAGAUCCCUACACAUCCUGACAAGCCUAAACAUGUCUGUCGAUGUGGACUUGGGAAUGCAAAGAACAAAGACUCAGGCAGGCAAUUCUGCAUCCACAUCCCAGGAAAGUACUUGACCCGCUGUGAGUGCUUCAGGAACGGUGUGGGUUGCGGGUACCUCUGUCGUUGUGCCAAUUGUGGCAACCCUCAGGGUACCUCAGUUGAAAGCAGAGCAAAGUAUGUUCAGCAUAACACUCGCUCCAGGCCUAAACACAAGUUUCAGACUUCCCGGGGCAUGGAUAAAACCCCUGAAAUGGCUAACUGGAAUACCAAGGAACAGCUGGCAUUUGAGCUCCUUACCAGUGCCAUGCACUAUCCCCAUCAGGGAAUCUGGGUGUUAGAAGCCACGCCCAACAGCACCCUAAAGUAUUUCAACCAGCUUGUGACUAUUGACACGCAGAGCUCCAAUAGCACACUGUUAAGCACUAAGAGUCUGGCAGAGGUAAAGCAGAUGCUUAGAGUCUAUUUGGAGCACAUGGAGAAUUAUGCAGACAUGUAUAAGAAGCAAAGUGAAAUAAACUGGAUGCAGAUGUCUGCUAUUACCAAUGACUUGACAAACCCCGAAGUUAACCAAGUUCUGGUUAUUGUAGAAAGCACAGAGUAAUUUAUAGGACUGAGUUAUUGAAGCAUUUGGUUACUGUUGAGAAUAUAGACUGUCUUGAGACAUUUGCUAAUGAUUUUGUAUAAUGUACGCAAGCAAUGCCAUCUCUUUUGAGAGGGUAAGGUCACAACAGCGCUAUUGUUAUAUCUGCCUUUUAGGACCCCUUGAUAUCCGCUAUACCCUUAGAGCUAACACUAGGCCAGGUGUAUUUCAUAGAUGAUGGAGGCAAAAAAAAAAUUUGUCCACGUUAGAGAGAGGGCACUUCGCUUACCAAACUUUGGGUUGAGGUUCAUGGCAUUUCAUACAUUUAUCAUUCAUCUUUAAUAGAAUAAAGUUUUAUUAUUUAAUAAAGUUUAAAAAUGUA